GUUCUUGCGCGCACACCCCCCCCCCCCCCCUCUCUGGAAAAAGAAAACCCGUCCUCUCUCUCCCCGCUCGUACCAUCGCAGCCAUGGCUCCCGAAAGCUUCACCGACAAGAACGCGGUAUUCAAAAAGCUCAAAUCUAAGUCGGAGAACAAGAUGUGCUUUGAUUGCAACGCUAAGAACCCUACGUGGGCGUCGGUGACGUACGGGAUCUUUCUCUGCCUUGACUGCUCGGCCGUCCACCGUAGCCUCGGCGUGCACAUCAGCUUCGUGAGGUCUACAAAUUUAGAUUCGUGGACUCCGGAGCAGCUGAAGAUGAUGGCUUUUGGGGGCAACAACCGUGCACAGGUUUUCUUUAAGCAGCAUGGAUGGACAGAUGGUGGUAGAAUUGAGGCAAAAUAUACAUCAAGAGCUGCUGAAUUGUACAGGCAGUUACUUUCCAAAGAGGUUGCUAAAAGCGUUGCUGAAGAUAGUAGCUUGCCUUUGUUGCCUGUUGUAGCAUCCCAGUCACCAGAUGCGGGCAAUGGUCUUCCAGAGCUCAAUUUUGUGGAUGUGCCAAAGGAAAAUUCAAAUGAGAAGCGUGAACCUGAGACUACUCGGUCACCUAAGGCUCCAACCCAUUCUGCAGUUAUAAGUGCUGCUAAAAAGCCUAUUGGUGCGAAGAAGACUGGGGGGCUAGGCGUCCGAAGGCUUACGACAAAGCCAAACGACAGUCUUUAUAACCAGAAACCUGAAGAGCCAGCACCAGCUAUAGCAUCCUUGGCUAAUUCCAAGACAGCACAUGGCCCAUCAUUUCCUUCUCGAUUUGAGUACAUGGAAAACAUACCAUCUGCUGAGUCUAGUUCAGGAAGUGCUCAAGUGAUCCAUCAUGUUGCACCACCAAAAUCUUCAAAUUUCUUUGCAGAGUUUGAAAUGGAGAGUGCAUUUCAGAAAAAAUCAAGCUCCACUUCAGCAAAAGUAGAGAUCCAGGAAAGUAAUGAAGCAAGGCAGAAAUUCUCAAAUGCAAAAUCAAUUUCAUCAGCCCAAUUCUUUGGUGAUCAGAACAAAGAUGCUGAUAAGGAGGCUCAAAUUUCCCUGCAAAAGUUUUCGGGCUCAACUUCCAUUUCGAGUGCUGAUGUCUUUGGUCACAAUACGAUUGAUUCUGGACUUGACCUCAGUGCAGCAGACCUUAUCAACCGAAUUUCCUUCCAGGCAACACAGGAUAUAUCCUCCCUCAAGAACAUAGCUGGGGAGACCGGGAAAAGAUUGACAUCUUUAGCUUCCAGCCUUAUCAAUGAUCUUCAGGAUAGAAUCCUCUGAGUGGGCUUCAUGUGGUCACAUUCAUGUACAUGCCUAAAGAACAGCUACCUUUUCCAAUAAAGGAUCAAUCUCAACAUUGAGGGAGGUUGCUAGCUUACCAUCUUAAAUCUAUAUCAUACCUUUUUUUCGCAGAGAUACAUUGUUCAUCUUUCCUAGUUACCGUGCAUGACCUACUUUUGUAAUAGUGGAAGCAUUCGGAGCUGUAGAACCCAUAGCAGAAUGGAUUUUAUACUUCUUGAAGCUCCAAAAAGUUUGGGGUUUGUAUUUAUGGACUCGGCAAAUUUGAUGCCUGAAAAGUUGCACAUGUUUUAAUCAUUUAUGUUUAU